CGUUACACUACGAUAAAAAUACCAUUCACGGCGUGCGUGCCCUUGUGGAUGGAGCGGAGCACGUUGUCCGAGUCACAGCUCGACCUGCGCAUCGAAGAGUGUCCGUCGGCGUCCCCGCUGUCUCGGGCCAAGUUGCACCGGCCACUGGCAGACAAACCCAUGUCAACCCGACGGUGUACUUCGACGGUCAAGCCCCCAGGAAAGCCGUCUUCGUCGCCGCCGAAAACGCCAAGCAAUCGCAACGUUCUGGAUGAAAAGGGCCGCCUCAUGCUCGAGGUGCUUCAGGACUAUGGGCCAUACACCCCCCGACGGGAAUACAGCUGUCGAUCGCUGCCAAAACCGCGGCAAGACGACUUCAUCUUGCGCCACAACGCCCAAAACAUCCACGACUUCAAGAAGGAAUACUCGAAGCGGUUUGGGACGUUGAAUCGACGCCCACCGCAGUUCCACAUGGACUCUCAUGACGUCCGCGUGUCCGUGGCCACCCAUCACGAACCCCUCUGGAAAGAAACGGGCGACGGUGUUUGGAUGCUCACGGAUCGAGGCCACUACACUCUCGUCCAGAGUAACUCGACGUCCGUGCCUCGAGCAACCAUUACGUUGCCCGCGCUGUCCCAACGAAUACUCGGGAGUCCGUUCAAAGAAAAGGCAGCCGUCGGGCGUCAUGUCGAUUUGUCGGAAGAUGCGUCCUUUGCAGCGCUGGUACGGCAGCAUCUGUACUCGCCGCGCCCUGUAGCCCAGCACUCGUUCGCCAAAGCCAGGAUCCCCAAAUACGCCCUGGCGCAGCAGCAACUCACACGGCGACCUAGCACGUCCGAUGGCCUUACGUUAGCCACGCCAUCUUCCCCCAAGUCCCACUCGCCGCACACUCGACCGUACUCAUCCGAUUAUAAGGACACACUGCAUUGGCCGCACUCGCCGGUGGCUUCGCCAAAGCCGUCCCCCUUUGGACACCAUGCAGAUGCCUCCGACAAAACAACAGCGACAUUCUCCGUCGUCGACAUCGAACCGAGCAUCGUCAACUUCCACAUGGUCACAGCCAAACAGACCUAUCACUUUCCCGUCAAAGUGCACAACGUCGGGACGAAACAAGAGCGGUUCCGCAUUCGAUCUCUGACAGUCAAGAGCGGCGGCGUCGAGUGCCUCCAGGCCGUGGUGCGGGGACCCAAGGACAACGUAUGAUAUCUCAUUGAACGUCGUUCCGUAGGCUGAAUAUGACAAAGACAAGGCGAAAUUGGCCCCCGGCCUGCGAGCCACCGUCACCCUGAUCAUAACCUUUGCCGCCCCUGGACCCAUCCAAGGCGUGCUGGACGUCGAAACCCCCACUGGCAAAGGCGGCGUCGCCCUCAUUGGCACUGUUGUGUCGAACUAACCACGUAACCUUUGCGACCCUUGAAGCAAUCGGCAUACUCCAACACUUAAACUAUUGUGACAUGGCGCCAUCUUGUGUUGUCG